GCUCCCGAUCCUCCCCACGGCAGCCCGAGCGCCCCGCACGCGGCCCGCGCGCGCCAUGGCCAAGGAAGGCGUGGAGAAAGCGGAGGAGACGGAGCAGAUGAUCGAGAAGGAGGCGACCCCGGAGCCCGCGGAGGGCGGCGGCGGCGACGGCUCGCACCGCGCCGGCGACGCGCGGGAGAUGCGCGCCGUGGUGCUGGUGGGCUUCGGGGGGCUCAACAAGCUCCGGCUCGCCCGGAGGGCCAUGCCCGAGCCGCAGGACGGCGAGCUCAAGAUCCGCGUCAAAGCCUGUGGAUUGAACUUCAUUGACCUGAUGGUACGACAAGGAAAUAUCGACAACCCUCCCAAGACUCCCCUGGUGCCAGGAUUUGAAUGUUCUGGAAUUGUUGAAGCUCUGGGGGACAGCGUGAAAGGCUAUGAGAUCGGGGACCGUGUGAUGGCCUUUGUCAAUUAUAAUGCCUGGGCAGAGGUGGUGUGCACACCAGCGGAGUUUGUCUAUAAGAUCCCAGAUGACAUGACCUUCUCCGAGGCGGCCGCCUUUCCCAUGAACUUCGUCACCGCCUACAUGAUGCUCUUUGAGGUUGCCAACCUCCGGGAAGGGAUGUCCGUGCUGGUGCACUCAGCUGGCGGUGGAGUGGGUCAAGCUGUGGCUCAGCUGUGCUCCACUGUCCCCAAUGUGACUGUCUUUGGGACCGCUUCUACUUUCAAGCACGAAGCAAUCAAAGACUCCGUGACUCACCUGUUUGACAGGAAUGCAGACUACGUACAAGAAGUGAAAAAGAUCUCUGCUGAGGGCGUGGAUGUUGUGUUGGACUGCCUGUGUGGGGACAACACUGGCAAGGGUCUCAGUCUUCUGAAACCCCUGGGGACCUACAUUUUAUAUGGCUCAUCCAACAUGGUAACUGGAGAGACCAAGAGUUUCUUCAGCUUUGCAAAAUCAUGGUGGCAGGUGGAGAAGGUGAACCCCAUUAAGCUGUAUGAAGAGAAUAAAGUCAUCGCGGGCUUCUCCCUUUUAAACCUGCUCUUCAAACAGGGCCGAGCCGGCCUCAUUCGAGGAGUGGUGGACAAACUCCUGGGACUCUACAACCAGAAGAAGAUCAAGCCCAUGAUGGACUCCUUAUGGGCCCUGGAGGAGGUGAAGGAAGCCAUGCAACGGAUCCAUGACCGAGGAAAUAUUGGGAAGUUAAUUCUGGAUGUGGAAAAGACCCCGACUCCACUGAUGGCCAACGACAGCACGGAGACCAGCGAGGCAGGGGAGGAAGAGGAGGACCACGAAGGGGACGGGGAAAACAAAGAGCGGAUGCCCUUCAUCCAGUGAGCCAGGCCCCCGCGGGACAACAAUGAAGGAUGAGGAAUGGCUACGAGAACUCUUCCGUGCCCCAGUGAACAAAUGCUGUAGUCCAGUGCGUGUCGUGUUUGUCUGCAGUCAGCCGAGCUAAGAACUUAGUGAUCACUGUUGUGGUAUUUUGUUCUGUUUUCUUUUCUUUUUUUUUGGGGGGGGGGGGAUUAAGUGCCAGUCCCAUUUCAUGCAGUAUUAUGUCUCUUUCGUCUGUGUAUCACACGCUCUUCCCUUCUGCCCUGUAUCAAACCUACCCAUCUAUGAGUCCUUCUUGAACGUUUGAGAAUAGCCUUGCAAAUGAACACAAGCCCCACAGCCCCACAGGCCUGGAAGACCAGGCCUGGAGGAGGCCAGGUGUGGUCCCAGUGUGUCAUCCAGGUCCUGAUAUUCUUCAGGCCGGUGACACUGUAAGCCACCAGCCAGCCAAGCCUCUGGCAGCAAGACAGUAGGCCCAAAGGGUAUGCCUAGGGUGUGGAAACAUCCCCAUAGUAUCUCUCUCUCUCUCUCUCUCAGAGGCAAUGUUCUUACAUUCAUCCACUGUCUUAAGGCCAUAGACUUGAGCCUCCCUUCACUAGCCCUUCAGUCUUGGGUUCUUUUCCUGGUUUUUAUUCACAGACACAUGGAACAGGCGUGGGAUUUUUUUUAGGAUGGAAGAUGGGUCACAACAGCCUACGUGGGAAGGCAGCCAUUGAUUCCUCCUACGAAGCUAGGUCUCCUGAGCAAAAUCCCCCCCCCCCCCAGCCAUAUGCAUUUUGUUUUAGCCUAAAAAAAAAAUCUCACCACAGCUAGGACUAACUCCCAGUCAUUACUGAAACUCACCUGUGUUUGCAUACUGGCCAGCAACAUGGCCAGCUGUUUUUCUAUUCCAUUUGUGGCCAAGAAACCCCUUGGAAAGCCAGGUGCCAGUGGUUCACGCCUAUAAUCCUAACUA